AUGCCGUCCUACUGUCUCCAAGACUGCCAUUACUUCUACCGCACAGCAUUGCGCGUUAAAAUCAACAAGCUGACCAAGAUGCCUUCCUCCACCAAUUCAGUUCGGACAUUUACGAUGCCAAAGUCCCUGAAUGCUUCCUUGGCUGUGGAGCCGGGAAAUGCAAAACAUGCCCCAGAAGAAGGUCGAUCCGUGGAAGAGGUAAAGCAAGUUAGUGAGAGCUACUCCAAGGACCAAAAAGACCCUCUCAGCAACCAGCCAAAAGCCAAGCCAGGAAUUACCUUUGCUGCUCAGGAUAGGCUUCCCAAGUUGCCGAUUCCCGAGUUGGAGCAUAGCAUGACGGGAUAUCUUAAGGCUUUGAAGCCUUUACAAAGUCCCAGAGAACACGCCGAAACGCAACAAGCGGUUGAAGAGUUCCUCAAGAGUGAGGGACCGGAGCUUCAGGAAAGAUUAAAGAAGUAUGCCACUGGAAAAACGAGCUAUAUCGAACAGUUUUGGUAUGACUCUUAUCUCAAUUUCGAUAACCCAGUCGUUCUAAAUCUCAACCCUUUCUUUCUCCUAGAAGAUGAUCCUACUCCGGCAAGGAAUAACCAAGUCACCCGGGCCGCCUCACUUGUGGUGUCUGCUCUAUCAUUUGUCCGUGCAGUCAGAAGGGAAGAGCUACCUCCCGACAACAUAAGAGGAACUCCCCUCUGCAUGUAUCAAUAUUCAAGACUGUUCGGGACUGCUCGUGUCCCUACGGAAAAUGGAUGUCAUAUCGGACAAGAUCCCGAUGCAAAGCAUGUUGUCGUCCUAUGCCAUGGCCAAUUCUACUGGUUUGAUGUCCUUGAUGACAACUCGGAUCUCAUUAUGACUGAGAAGGACGUGUCAAUCAACCUUCAGACUAUCGUCGAUGACGCCCAGCAAACGCCUAUCCAAGACGCGGCCAAAGGUGCACUAGGCGUUCUCAGUACGGAAAACCGGAAGAUCUGGUCAGGACUGAGAGAUAUGAUGACUAGAAAGGAGGGUUCAAAUAAUGCCGAUUGUCUGGGAAUAGUAGACUCGGCAUUAUUCAUCCUCUGUCUCGAUUACACCGAACCAGCAUCCGGAGCAGAGCUUUGCCAGAACAUGCUUUGCGGAACAAGUUUGGUUGAGAAGGGAGUUCAGGUUGGCACUUGCACGAAUCGAUGGUAUGACAAGUUGCAGAUUAUUGUUUGUAAGAACGGAAGUGCCGGAAUCAAUUUCGAACACACUGGUGUUGAUGGCCAUACGGUUUUACGAUUUGCAAGUGACCUUUACACGGAUACAAUUCUGAGAUUCGCCAGGACCAUAAAUGGCGGAGCUCCAAGUCUUUGGGCUUCUACGAGCCCCGAUCCGUCGAAACGCGACCCGGCGAGCUUUGGAGAUGUUAACACAACGCCUCAUAAACUGGAAUGGGAUAUGGUUCCUGAACUUAGCAUUGCAUUACGAUUCGCUGAAACGCGUCUGGCGGAUCUCAUUCAACAAAAUGAAUUCCAAACGCUCGACUUUGCGGCUUAUGGUAAAAACUUCAUAACUGCCAUGGGAUUCUCACCUGAUGCUUUCAUUCAAAUGGCUUUCCAGGCUGCCUACUACGGGCUUUAUGGCCGAGUGGAAUGCACUUACGAACCAGCAAUGACCAAAGUCUAUCUCCAUGGUCGAACGGAAGCCAUUCGAUCAGUGACCCCUGAAUCCGUGGACUUUGUUCAAGCUUUCUGGGCUGAGAACCCGCCGCAACAAAAAGUCGACACACUAAAGAAAGCAUGUCAAAAGCACACCGCAAACACAAAAGAAUGCGCAAAAGCCCAAGGCUGUGACCGACACUUAUACGCCCUCUACAGCGUCUGGCAAAAAGCUCUCGACGAAGACGGAGCAGAAGCCGCGAGCAGCUACGGCAGCAACGGCUACUCCAGCCCCAUCGAUGGCGGCUCAGAACGCGACCCCUCAUCCAUAGUCGGCAGCCCUAACCGCAACUCAGUCCUAUCCUCCGAUGGCGAAGAUGUCAUCUCCCUUCCCUCCCGCCACCGCAACAACAGUUCCUCAUCCCGCCCAGGGCAACAGAACAGCAUGCCCCUCCUAUUUGCCGACAGCGGCUGGGACAAACUCAACAACACUAUCCUAUCCACCUCGAACUGCGGCAACCCCUCGCUCCGCCACUUCGGCUUUGGACCCACUACAGGGGAUGGGUUUGGAAUCGGGUAUAUUAUCAAAGAUGAGGGCAUCAGCAUCUGCGCGAGUAGUAAACACAGACAAACGAAACGCUUCGUUGAUGCUAUCGAGAGCUAUCUCCUCGAGAUCCGCCGCGUCCUGCGCACUACGCAGCGCCGCGGUACGUCUCCCAAAGCAUCGCGCGCACGGGAAGCCACGGCGAGUCGACCGAAGCCGGGGAGUAGACUCAAGAGUCGCGGGAGGGUGAUUCGGGCUACGGAGGGGAAGAAGACGCCGGGUGCGAUGACGCCGGUGGAGGAUAGUACGGUAGGGAGUGAUGAUGAGGGAUUGGGUGGCUAUGGAUUUUUCGAUGCUGGGAUGCUGUUACAGGCUCUGAAAGCGAGGGGGGAGGGGCCGGGGGACGAUGCGAAGGCGCCUGAGGCUAGGAGACGCGAGAUUGGGAAGAAAUUGAGGUUGAGUGAGUAUUGA